AGAGCUGCCUGUGUGUUUACAUGUCAGCCUAUCAGUGCUGCCGGAUUUAGCGCAUCUGGAGAGGACAGAGGAUUCUCUCAAAUGCCCCUCAGACAAGGGGGAUUCUCAGUGCUGCAUAUAUCCCCUUUUCCCUGUCUGAACCCAGCCUGUCGUGAAUCCUGCAUCCCUGUCUCCAUGCGUUCGGAGGCAUUUUGAAUUUCCUUGGCAACAUGGAGCUGCCUGAAUUAGAAUUCUCUGCAUGACAGUCCUGGUACGCAAUAGGAUGGUGUUUGGCGAGGCAGGAGGGCACAGCUACUUGGUGGCAUGCUGGCAGCCCAUCCUGAUCCUCAUGCUGGGCACCGUCCUUUCUGGCUCCACCACCGGUUGCCCCUCCCGAUGUGACUGCAACGGUCAGGAGCGUUCAGUCGCGUGCAAUCGACGGAGACUAGCAGCUCUUCCUGAGGGCAUUCCCACAGAAACUAAGCUGCUAGACCUUAGCAAGAACCGUCUGAAAAUACUUGGGCCCGAGGAGUUCAUUAAUUACCCUCAACUGGAGGAGCUGCAACUCAACGAAAAUAUUAUUUCAUCCAUUGAACCAGGGGCUUUUGGCAACCUCAUGAACCUGCGAACUCUGGGUUUGCGUAACAACCAGUUAAAGCUCAUUCAGCUGGGGGUGUUCACAGGCCUGACCAACCUCACCCAGCUCGAUAUAAGUGAAAACAAAAUUGUCAUUCUGCUCGACUACAUGUUCCAGGAACUAUACAACCUUAGGGCUCUGGAGGUAGGCGACAAUGACCUGGUAUUCAUCUCACCCCUAUCAUUUCAUGGCCUAAGCAACCUUGAAAGCCUCAACAUUGAGGGACGCAAUCUGCCCUCAGUGCCCACUGAUGCCCUGAGCCAUCUGCACAACAUCUUGUCACUCCGAUUACGCUAUCUCAACGUCACUGUCAUGAGGGAUUACUCCUUUAAAAGGCUCUAUCGACUCAGAGUGCUGGAGAUUUCUGAAAUGCCUGCCAUGGAUACCAUGACGGCAAAAUGCUUGUAUGGACUCAACCUCACAUCCUUGUCCAUCACAAAAUGUAAUCUUACGGUCAUCCCCUAUCAAGCCAUCAGUCACCUAAGGCAUCUCCGGUUUUUGAAUCUGUCUUUCAAUCCCAUUCAUGCCGUGGAGGGGAACAAACUGUUCAAUCUGCAGAAGCUCCAGGCUUUUCAUUUGGCCGGUGGAAGAUUAGCUGCCAUUGAACCCUACUCAUUCCGAGGACUCAACCACCUCCGUGUACUCAAUGUUUCCAGCAACAUCCUAAACACCCUAGAGGAGUCUGUUUUUCACUCAGUGGGAAACCUGGAGACUCUGGCUUUGUAUGACAACCCGUUGGCCUGUGACUGUCGCCUGCUCUGGGUCUUUCGCCGGCGUUGGAGGCUCAACUUUAACAGACAACAGCCCAUGUGUGCUUCACCUGAUGUGGUUCAAGGAAAAGAGUUCAAGGAUUUCCCAGACAUUCUCCCUUCUGACUAUUUCAUCUGCCAGAAAUCAAAGAUAAUGGAUUAUAAGGUUCAGGAAAGCCAUGUAGAUGAAGGAACUACGGUUCAUUUUGCUUGCAAAGCUGAGGGUGAUCCGGAUCCUGUGAUAAUGUGGUUAUCCCCUAAGAAAGACUACAUCACUACCAAAACUGCGGGGUUAAGACUUUAUGUGUCUAGUGAGGGCACACUGGAGGUGCGUUACGCCCAAAUCCAAGACAACGGCACCUACUUGUGCAUUGCAAGCAAUGCAGCAGGCAAUGACACCAAAGCUGCUCACCUUUUUGUGCAUAGCAACUCCCCUAACUGGCCCCAACAGUCAAAUAAGUCAUUUGCCUUCAUUUCCAACCAGCCCAGCGAUGAAGGAGCUAAUGUGACUCGGGCCACCAUUCCAUUCCCGUUUGACGUUAAGACACUUAUCAUUGCAACCACCAUGGGAUUUAUCUCUUUCCUUGGAGUUGUUCUUUUCUGUCUUGUAAUAUUAUUCCUCUGGAGUCGAGGGAAAGACAGUAUCAAGUCGAGUAUAGAGGUUGAAUAUGUGCCACGUAAAGAGGAACCAGAGGAGGCCAGUCCAACUGAAGCGCCCAUACAAUUCAACAUGAAAAUCAUGUGAAUCUCAAAUGGAGACACUUGCAAACGGCAGUCUGGAUGCAAACCACCUUUGCUUAAAAUAUGUACUCAGUUAAUGAGCAGUAGAAAUUGCACAGCAGCAAACGCAUCUUGACACUAAACCCUUGAAUUUUGCUCUUCUUUUUUUUUACUUCAGAGCCUGAAACUUUAAAAACAAAUGUUGAACUUCAAAUAUCUGUAUAUUUGUAUUGGCAAUUCUUUAUCAGUAUGUUAACAUGCAAUCAACUGUAUAUUCCUUCGUCAAACUAAAUGACAGUAAUAUUUAGAAAAACACAUGGAUCCCAGUUUAUCAAAAAUGAUAUGUUGGUUAGUGUCUGGAAGAAUGUGGACAUUAGUCUGCAGAUUAAAUCUGAUUAUCAGCACAAAAUAAGAGAAAGAUCUUGUUGUUUUGAUGUUGUUGCCAUGUUUUGAUAUUUUAAUGUACAAAGCACAAUAAUCAAUUAUGAGAACCUAAAUUAAGUUACUUAAAUAUUGCCAUUUCAUAUAGUCCCAUCAUAAGCAAUUGACAAGUAUAAUAUGAGUAUCAUA